GUUUAGAAAGAAAAAGAAGGAAGAAAUGAAGGCAAACAAGUAAAGAAAUCAAGCAAACAAGGAAUCGGAGCUUGAUCGCUCUCAGUAGCCCUAGCACGUUCUUACUCGAGGUGUUGUUCAGGAACGUUAUCUGAACUGAUGGAACAGUCUCUGAGCACUCUUGCAUACAAGGGCUCUAUACCUGAAGCAAUCAAUGAAGCAAAGAAGCAGAGGAAACUUUUUGUCGUAUAUAUUUCAGGUCAAGAUUCUGAGUCUAGUCGUUUGGAGAAUUCCACAUGGACUGAUGUUGGAGACUCUGUAUCAAAGUACUGCAUCUUAUUGCAUAUCCCUGAAGAAAGCACUGAUGCGACAAACUUUGCUGCGAUAUACCCACAGAAAUCAAUACCAUGUAUAACAGCUAUUGGAUUCAAUGGUGUACUACUUUGGCAAAAUGAGGGUUUUGUCGGUGCUGACGUUCUAGCAUCCAGUUUAGAGAAGGUGUGGUUGAGUCUACAGAUCCAGGAAACUACUGCAACUGUUCUGAGUGCAGCUCUUGCUUCAAAGAAGUCUGAACCCGCCACUUCCGAGAUGCCUACUACUGCCUCAACUGAUGGAAGUUCCUCAAGUGCAGCUGUUCUUGCUGAUCAAGGAAGUUCUUCAACUACGGUCGUUACGUUGCCUUUAAUAAAGAAUAAUGGUCAAUUACAAGAUGCUGUGGAGGUCACCCCUAUCAUUAUGAAUGAAACUAGAGGUCAUGACUGCAAAUUUGAGGAUAAAAACAAGGAUUUAAGAGACAAGACAUCUUUGAUACCAGUUGAUGCUAAUGAGUUAGAGUCUAUCGGGGAAGAACAGUGCAGCAGCAGCUCUUCCAUUGAAGCUCACCAAGGAUCACAGGAUGUUCCUAUAAAAGAGAGAAAUUCUGGAGGCGAUCAUACAUCUUUCAUUACUGAAGGUGGAAGGCCCAGAGGGAUCACAGUCAAUCAAUCUAUCUUGAUAGGAGGUUCACAAGCUUCUGGUGUUGGAGAAAAUGAAGAUUUGCAAAUUGGGAACAGUGAAGCUGAAGAUGAUAAGAGGGUUUAUGCCUUUGAGCACUGUACGAGGCUAACUAAUUCAAGUGAUGCUCACUACCCCAGAGAGCUCACUGUUAAACAAUCUGGAGUCUUGGGAGGAGGUUCAGAAGCAUUUAGUAUUGAAGAAAAUGAAGCUGCGCAAGUUUUAAAGGGUGAAGCAGAAGACGUUAAGAAGGUAAAUAAAUCAAGUGAUGCUUAUUUGAAUAUCCGAUUACCCGAUGGUGCCAGCUUGCAAGAAAUGUUUUCUGUGACAAGCACUUUGAGAAAUGUGAAAGAGUAUGUUGAUGAACACCAAGGAAGUGGUAUUGGUAGUUAUGACCUAGCCAUCCCUUAUCCUCGCAAAGUAUACACUGAGCUAGAUCUAGGUAAACCAUUAUCUGAGUUGGACCUGUAUGGUAGACAAGCAUUGAUAGUGGUUCCGCAUCAGAAAGGAACUGGUUAUCUCAGAGGGAGCUCUUCAAUCGCAGACCAGACAGAUUCAAGAAAUAUUGUUGAUGCCCAAAAUGGAAGCAAUGGGAGCUACUUUUCAUUUGUGAAGAGAGUUUUGUCUUUCAUAAAUCCUUUCUCUUAUUUAGAUGGCGGUGCUAGCUCAUCAAGCUCAGGAGAGCAAUCUCAAAAUGGCAUGUGGCAAUAUAGCCCAAGUCCUACACUUCGGAAUAACUCAACCCAAAGCACAUCUGAAAGUGGUAGAACUGAAGGGAGCCGCAAACUGCCACCAGCACCACGUUUUGGAAGUAAUAUUCACACACUGAGACACGAUGAAGAUGAUGAACGAUUCAGUGAUAGAAAUAAGUUCUGGAAUGGUAAUUCUACACAGUAUGGUGGCAACGAUGACAGCAAAUAAUAUUGCAUGCUUGUGUACUAUACAAUAUAUGUAGUGCUAUACAAUAUAUGACAUGGAUUCCAAACCAUCAAGAUCUGGCUGUGAGCGAGUCAAAUUACUUACCCAGUGAACUAUUCAGAUAGAGAAGUGUAGAUAAUAACUGCAAGUUCGGGUACCUUUAACACUUCCCUCGUGUCAUAUUAGUAAUGUUGUCUUCUUUUCUUUUCAUAGAGAGAGGGUUGAAAGAAUAAACUCCCCAGGAACUUUUCUGAAUAAGUUCUAGCUCUUCACAAUGUCUACCAAUUGCCGUUUAUGUUUGUACUUUGUAGAUAGGCUAUUCAGGUGUCGAUCGCUUUUGUGUACUGUAUUUUCUUACCUUUAAAAGGGUUGCUGGGCUUUUCC